AUGAAGAUGAAAAUUAAUCAGAAACUAUUUAUGAAGAAGAAAAACAAAAUGAUAAGGAAGAGUAAAUUGAUAAUACUUCUAAUUCCAAAAAUUAAUAAGAUGGAUAUAUUGACAAAAAUUAGUAAUAGAAUAAUUAAACCACUUAAGUUGAAUAAGUUAAUUUAGAUAUAUUUGAACAUGGUAGCUCUUAAUUUUAAUAGUUCGACAAUAUUACUCAUGAUUAAUUUGAUCACGAUAACUCAAACUUUUAACAAGACUAUUAAUAUUAACAAAACAGUAAUGAUGAUAACAAUCUCAAAUCUAGUUAAUUGA